AUGCCUUGGGCCUAUCGCGGCGCCAUGCGCUCCGCCUGCCGUCGUGGCCUCGCCGUCCAUCUUCUUCCACGACUAACUCUGGCUCGGCUCUUGUCGAGCCCUUCGACUGGUCGCGCGAGGAAGCUGGCCCUCGACAGGGAAGUCGUCGUCUCCGUGCUCGAGUCCUCGGCUACAAGCCGCGAAGCAAAGGGCUACCUCCAAAAGUACGCCUCCCGCAAGGUCCAUCCGGAACCAGACAGCCCCCAGUUUGUCCAGGGCGUCCCACAGGAGCGCCAAAUCCCAGCCUCCGACGAGCCCUUCAACGUAGCCAUCGUAACGCUGCGCAUGCCCCAGCGCCUGCCGUCCGACAACAUCCAUGGCAUCGCUAGGACCCUCACCCAGCUCCGCGCCCUGGGCCUGCUUGCCAUUGUCGUCGUCGACUGUGGCCUCGAUGCCACCCGCCAGACGUAUAAAGACGAGGCCUGGCGCCUGUGCGAGGCCCUUGACUCUUCCCUGGACCUAUCGGCCGCCAAGGUUGCCGACAACAUGUUCGCAUGGCAAUCUCCCAGAGACCUCACCCCGUCGGCUUCCAUUUUCUCCGACAGAAUGCGCGUCGACGAUCAGGGGCUGCUUGAACGGGCACUGCAGCACGGCAUGAUCGUCAUAGCCCCGUGCCUCGCCCGCCGCGACGACAUUUCGGCGCCCCAGCCAGCCGAGGCGCACGAGACGGUCCUGACCCUGACAAAGUACCUCAACGGCAUGCAGUUUCAAGGCCUCGGCGACGACUGCGCCGGCGACAUUCGGCCGAGGAGGAUUGCCUCGGUGGAGAGGCUCAUCGUGCUGGACCCUCUGGGAGGAACCCCCAUGCCAAGCCGGCCCGAUCUCUGCCACCGCCUCAUCAACCUCGAGCAGGAGUAUAGCACGCUGAUGAAUCAUCUUGCAACCCGUCGAGACUCCUCAACUGGACAGCCGGGCGAGAACAGAGAGCAGGGGCCGACUCACGCGGCAAACCUCAACCUCGCCAAGGAUGUUCUCUCCCUGUUGCCGCCGUCGUCGUCGGCCCUCGUCACCACACCGCGGCAGCGGAACCCACUACUUCACAACCUCCUCACCGACAGGCCUGCAUCGUCGCCUUCACUGCCGCUCCAGAGGAUCAAAGGAGAGGGCGUUGGCCAUCUGCAGCUGACAGAUUCGGGCGCGGCGACCUUGGUCAAACGCGGCAUGCCGGGCGCGUCCCGCCUCCGGCUGACGGACACUUGUAUCGACCUUCCCCGGCUGGUCCACCUGAUUGAGGACUCCUUCAAUCGAAAGCUCGAUGUCCAGGCUUACCUCGACCGCGUGAACGACAACCUGGCCGGCAUCAUCAUCGCCGGCGAGUACGAGGGCGGAGCGAUAUUUACGUGGGAGCGGCCAGCCGGCAUAGGUCAGCAGGAAGCCUACGACAGCGGGCGACUCGUCCCCUACCUCGACAAGUUCGCCGUUCUCCGGGACCGGCAGGGAAGUGGAGGCGUUGCUGACAUUGUCUUCAAUGCCAUGGUCCAAGACUGUUUCCCGCGCGGCGUCUGCUGGAGGAGCCGCAAGAACAACCCGGUCAACAAGUGGUAUUUUGAGCGGUCGGCGGGAAUCUGCAAGUUGCGGGAUUCAGGCUGGGCCAUGUUUUGGACGACGCUCGGGUUGAGUGGCAAACAUCCCGUGCUGGGAGACUAUGAGACGGUUUGUCGCGGCGUGCAGCCGACCUGGGCCGACAACAAUCAUAUUUUGGAAUAG